AUGGCUGAUGGCAGUGUCGCUGCCGCGGCCGCGGGACUCGUUAAUACGCUGCAAGGUCAUGUCGAUGACAUUCGGAGCAUCUUGCAAUGCGGUAUCUGCAUGCGACCCUUGUACGAACCCUUUACACUCGCCUGUGGUCAUACUUUCUGCUAUUCCUGUCUUUCAUCAUGGUUCUCGGGCGGGAGAUCGAAGAGAACGUGCCCUGAUUGUCGAGCGCCUGUCAAGCAACAGCCUGCGCCUGCUUAUUUGGUCCGAGCUGUUGUACAAAUGUUCACGAGUCGCGCAGAGCUUUUAGACAAAGAAGAAACGACGGACGACCACAGGCGAUGCCAUCAAGAAGAGACUGAAAGGCUGGACAAGGACAAGGCAAACGAAGACCCUACAAAUGGAGGGCUUUUUGGUGGCUUGUUCAAAAAGGGCCCGUCACUCAAGCCGAUUAUUGAUGUGGAGGAUGGGGUCACUCGUUGUCCUGAGUGCUCUUGGGAACUGGAUUCGGAAAUGCAGUGCACAGCCUGUGGCUACCAAGAGGGCGACGAACUGAGCACAGACACUAGCGGCUCAGACUUGACCGACACCGACUACGACGACUCCGUAUUUGAUGCCGAUGAUUAUGAGGACGACCCUUUCGAUAGCCAAGAUGCCGAUAUGUUGCCAUUGGAUUCGUUGGGUCUCAUGGCGGCUUCUCGAUUGUACGGUCGACCAGAGAACCGAAACACUUGGCAAGCCUUCCCAUCUAUGAGUGGGCAGGUGCCCGGGAUCGAAUCUUUCCUUGCAGGGUUCCCAGCUGCAUUCCGACCAAGGCCCUUUCUCGAUACUUUUGACGGCGAAGAUGAAGAAGAGGAAGAGGAGGAGGAAGAAGACGAUGAUUAUGAGGUUGAUUCCUUUAUCGACGACGAAGAAAAUGCAGACAUGGAAGAAGAUAUCGAUGGCUUGGAUGUGGAGUCCUCCUCUGACCGCUCUACUAUAGUGGGCAGUGAGCGCAAUCGGCAGGUUCCCGAAGUCCAAUAUCCUACCGUGCAACCGGCACGACGUCCACAAGCGAACUGGGAUACACCUUUUCCAAUCUCUGACGAUGAAGACUCGAGCGAGGACGACGAAACAACGGGUUAUCACGAUAUUCUGGAAGCUGAAGAAGAUUGGAAUGAAGACGAAGAUGAGGGUGAGGAUGGUACCGACGACGAUGAGUACGACUCUGAAGAACCAACCCGAUCACAUGCGCGCCGUCGUGUCUAUGUCCCUGAUUCAAUAAGCCCAGCACCAGAGGAGAGCGAGUCUAUGGACUCUAGCUCACCGCCGCGACCUCGACAGCCCGCGAGGGCCAAUGGUGGCACAACUGUGCAAAAUGCCAUCACCAUCGAUGAUUCCGAUGAUGAACAGCCUGUUGGCCCUGUGCGAAGAGCUGGCCAACGGCGACAUGUCCGAUUCUCUCCAUACUAG